AUGGCUGACUCACGAUUUUUCAAAGAGAAGUACUUUAGGCUACGAGAAAAGUUUGACACCCUUAACAAGCAACGUGAUGAAUUAAAACACAAUUUAGACCUUACAAAACAUAAAAUGCGUAAGCUAAAGGAGGAAAACAAUCAUCUUCUUGACAUAAUGAUGGAUAUGAAUCCCACACUCGCCGAUGAUUUAUCAAAUAGCUCUUCUUCCGAGGAAGGUGUGCUAUCUGAUGUAACUAGUGAUGACGAUGAAUCUAGUCUUAAGGCUACGGGUAGCCGAUAUGUUUCACUAGAACCAUCCCCCAAAAAAAGCCGUUCUCCCCCGCAACAUUCAAGCUCACGGAAUUCAUCAAAACGCAAAGCUGAUGAAGCCCUAAAUGCUGAAGAUCCAUCGCCAAAAAAGCGUAAAGCAAGAACGCCAACUGCACCAAGCUUGAAAAAAAAACGAGAUGAUCGCACGGACGCUAAGCGAGUUGAGCAUUUACCCAUGAAUUUAGACGGGACUCUUAAAUUACCCGUCACUAUCGGCAAAGGAACUAACGAAGUGACUAUAUUCAGAAUUGGUCAUAUCGUUUGGGAUCGCGAAGCGUAUCAUACAAAUCGCUAUAUCUUCCCGGUAGGUUUUAUGAGUAAAAAACAAUACCUAAGUGCUGUAGAUGUAACAAGAAGAACAACAUACACUAGUGAAAUUUUGGAUGGGGGUGAUAAUCCUAUUUUUCAGGUAACUGCUGAAGAUCAACCGGGUAGAAAAUUCGUGGCUAGUUCAUCGAGUGGUGUGUGGAAAAAGAUUUUGGACGAAAUUAAUGUUCAGGGUGUUCCAUCAAAAACUCAUGCCAGUGGACCUGAAAUGUUAGGAUUGAGUCAUUUGGGAAUUACUAAAUAUAUCCAGGAACUUCUUGGAGCCGAGAAAUGCACAAAAUACGUUAUGCAACGUUGGCUCGAUGAUGAUGCUCCAUCAAGGUUUCAUCCAAAGGCCCUAAUUAAACAAGAAAGUCUCGACGAUGACGAAGAAUCUAUAAUGACCAAUGGAAAUGAUUAUGGUAGCGUGGACGGAAGUGAGGCGCAAAUAAAACAAGAAAGCAUUGUCUCAUGA